GGAGACUUGUUUUCAUUUUUGCACUUUUGCUUUGCUGAAGAAAUUUUCUUUUUCACCUUGAAUUUGUAGAUUAAUGCAAAAUCGAUCACCUUUUUCGGAUUUAGACACUUUAUUAGUUAAUGUAUCAUCAUGUCAGCUCCAAGGGCAGAUCAGUUCAGGUCAUCGGAAAACAAACCUGUGAUCGGGCUUCGUCCGAUCAGAGAAAGGAACAAGAGAUCAGAGGCUUUGAUCGAGGAACAGCUUGUAAUCAUGAGAGAAACUCAGAAUGCUCUACAGAAAACCUUACAAAACCUUGAAAAAGCUUCCGCAGAGGAUGACCAUCAAAAGACUGAGAAAGAGUUGGAGCAGCUUUUCAGCAGAAGUGGGGAGCUACUUUUAGUUAUUCAGGUUUUAAUGAAGAUUCGGAAUGAGCUAGCACAUGCACGACUAGACCUGGAAAGAGCCAUAAAAGUGAAUUCUGGGGUUGAUGCAGCCAAAAAGAGGGUGAAAUGGCUUCAAGACAGAUUGGAGAAAGUACUGCUUACUGCUAAAAGCUACUGCCAUUUGUACAACAGGUUGUUGCUGGCGAGAAGUAAGACCCCUGAAUUAGGAUUAAAAGAUCAGAUUUCUGAAAAGCUGUGGAAUAUACUCUCAGAUGGACAACAACAACUACUACUUGAAAGUGAAAAGAGGAGACCUGCAGCCAGUACUACACUGAACAGCAAACAGGCAGCACCUAUUGUGAAGGAAAUUGCUAGAAUGCAGCUAACAGACUCCAAGGCCCUUGGAUCAAUCUCAACAACUAAAUUAGAAGAAAAGAAAAAAGACGAACAUCCAGUUAUAGUAACUGACACAGUUUUACAGACUGAAAAGGACAAUACUGUUGUCAGAGAAAAGAGCUUGUCCCAAAAAAGGAAACAGAGGAAGAGGUCACAUGGCUCAAAAGGUGGCAGCAAUCAAUCAUCAUUCCACAAUUUGAUGCAGAUGUUUCCUCCAACAACUUCACAGGAGGGUCAGUCUGAUCAAGAAUCUGAUACCACUGCUGAACCAGAAUCAGAACCCGAAGAUUUUGAUGAUCAACGAUCAGUUUCUGUGGUUAGUUCUGUGGGCAUUAAUGAGUUAGAAGCACUUGAAGCUGAUGCUAAGGAUGUGGUUCCAGCAGUGGAGGUGUCUGAGAUUGUUGAUAUGCCAUUCGAUACAGAAGAUUCACCAGAAAGCAAAACUGAUCCAGUAAAGUCUGGAGGCUUGAAGGAAAUUUCUACAGCAGUCUCAAGGAAAGAGGAAAGUGAAAACAUGGAGGAUGAUGAUAAGGUGGCAGAGUACUGGCACUCAGAUCAUCACAAGUUUGAAUGGUCAAAUUAUAUGCAAAGUCUUGAUGCUCGUUCCUGGCAUGCCCUCGGGCUGGGAGUACCUGAGAGUUUUUUGUCAAAAGAUAAGCCAAAUUUUGACCCUGAACUUCCCUGGAAAGAGAAACCAAUGAAAGUCAACAGCGUCAUUGAUGUACAUAAAAUUGCACUUGACAAGUUACUGUUGAGACUUCACAAAAUGUAUGAAGCUAUUGGACAAGCCACUCAGACAACAAUAGACCCAACUUUGAAAGAUCAAAAAAUUGAGACAGUGAUGGGAAAACUUGAAUUGGAAGUAGAGGGAGGCUCAGCAAUGGAAAAACAGCAGAAUCCAAAGAAACUGUAUCCACAGCCCUCCUCAUCGUGGUGUGAAGAUUUUGAAGGAGGUUAUAGAAUGCCAAGAAUUUUCAAAGUGAAAUCAAAACAAAAAAUCCAGAGCAUUGUGCAGCCACAUUAUUUGCCAAGAAAAGAGGAAAGUCCUAAAAGUGAGAGACAAGCUGUUGAAUCAGAUCUUGCCAACACAUCCUUGUGGAGGCCAGCUGUGCUGUAG